AUCACAGAAUCUCUUUCGGACUGUUUAAGCUUAACGUCUCAGUUUUGAUGCCUGAAUUUUCCAGAUUUUGUAUCAUUUCCUGCAGAUCUAGAAUCUCUCUUAUGAUCAAUUAAUUCAGGGAGAAACAUUUUAGAGAAGUUGACUCUUAAGAGAUUCCACACAUCUGAUGUCAGCAGGUGGAAUUAACUUCCCGAGAAAACCUCAGCCCGUGUUUUAUCUCACCGGAGUCCUGCCGUGUUUCUGACGGUCCGUGAACGCAGCACUGUGGUUCCGAUUGUGUGUGUGGAUGAAGGAGGAGAGAAGAGGAGGCUGGAGGAGCGAGGCAGGGGGAGCUGUGCAGGCGUCUGCAGCAGCGAUGGAGCUAACCUGGGCUAAAGCCUUAUUGCUAACAGGAGGAGUUCUGCUUGUUCCUGUUUUCGCCUUCAUCACGUCCGUCGUGUUCUGGCCCGGUGUGCUGCUGAAGGCCUACAAAUGGUACAUGUGCCUGUCGCAGGGCGUGUCGGUCCGCUACUCCCACUGUGGAAGUUACCGCUUCUGUUAUUCCACCCACGGUACACCAGGGGGCGACACGCCGUCGCUGCUGCUGCUACACGGGUUCUCCUCCUCCAAAGAGAUGUUUCUGUCUGUCACCAAGUACUUCCCCAGAAACCUGCAUGUGGUUUGUUUGGACAUGCCUGGACAUGAAGGGACGUGUCGAGCUGCAGCAGAAGAUUACAGCAUCCAGGGUCAGGCCAGGCGAGUCCAUCAGUUCGUCCGCAGCGUCGGUCUGGAUAAAUCGCCGUUCCACCUGGUCGGCGCCUCCAUGGGGGGGAACGUGGCGGGCGUCUACGCCGGUCUCUACCCGGCUGACGUCUGCAGCCUCACCUUGGUGUGUCCAGCAGGUCUGAUUUACCCCACAGAGUCCAGCUUCAUCGCCCUUCUGAAGGAGAAUGACCUGGAUAAGUCCAGUAAAUCCAACCCGCUCAUCCCCACCUCUAUGCAGGAGCUGGAGGCCAUGCUGAAGCUGUGCUGCUACAAACUGCCCACAAUGCCCCGGCAGUUUUUCCGGGGCCUCCUGGCCAACAGGAUCCCAAACAACGACUUCUACAGAGAAGUGUUUGAGGCGAUCGCUGGGGAGAAGUCUCGACACUCGCUGCAGGAACACCUGAAUCUGAUCACAGCGCCCCUGCAGGUCAUCUGGGGGAAGAACGACCAGAUCCUGGAUGUUUCUGGAGCCGCAGUGAUCCAGAAGGCGCUGCCUCACUGCCAGGUGGAUUUGCUGGACAACUGUGGUCACGCCGUUGCCUGGGAGAGGCCAAGGAAAUUUGCUAAACUUUUGCUGGACUUUCACAAUAAAGCAAAGAAACAAGUCUGAGCGAUAGAGGAGCAAAAAACCAGAACUUGAAGUUUUGAUUUUAACUGACUGAGAUGAGUCUCCUCUUGUUAGCAAAAAUUAUUCCAUGGGAGGAGUUUGACUAUUUGUUUUAUGAAAAAUUUCCAGAAAUAGGUUAACCCUGCACCAAUUAAUUAAAUGGGUUAAACCCGUGUGAACAUUACCUCUGUGACCUCUGUGACCU